GGGCUUGGGGCUGUCACUGCUGUCCCUGUCACUACCGAUGGGUCCUUUGCUGUGGGGACAGCGUUCCCCAUGACAACAGAGAACGAGUGGCCCCAUACUACAGAGCUGAUUGCCACAGCAGCUGAUGCUGAGACCUUCCCUCCCUGGACUGAGAUGGCCCCAGUGAUGGCGACGAGUGAACACGGCCCUUCAGUGGCAGCUUUGGUGAACGGGACCAAGGCUCCUAACAUGAAUACUGAGGGAAAUUCAACUGCUCCCAAUACAGCCAUGACUGCUGCUGCCAUCCCCACACAGCACCCCGCUGUCACCCCAGAAGCAGCGCAUGAUGAACCAGAGGUCACUCCUGAUGUCCCCCUGGGGACCACCCCUGUCCUUGCGGAUGUGAAGGAGGACAUCAGUACAGACCUCAGUAGUGGCACUCCAUCCCUGCCCACCACCCCUCCUCUGGCAGUCACCUGGGUGCCACAGCCAACUGCUGGCGUCACUGUGCUGCUGAGCCAAGGGCUGACCACAGCCAAGGCAGCAGUGGAGGAAGGUGUAACCCUGCCUGAAGCUACUCAAAGUGAAGCCACUGCCAACUCCAUGGGCUCCAGUCCUGAUGCUGGGGAGCUGCUCCCAACCCAGCAGGAUGGAGCAGUGGGUGGGGUUGAGGGCAUUAACCCAGAGCCAGAAGGAGAAACGGCCCCAGCUGGUGAGGAAAGUCCCUUCCCUUCAGACUCUGGAGAUCCAGGAGAUGCAAUAAAUGGUGAAUUCAGCACAGCCAAUCCAACCCACCUGCCUACAGAGAGCCCAGUGAUGUCAGGAACGGUGGAAAGCCCUGGGAAGUCCUCCCUCCUCCCUGGCCAGGCACUGAGCCCAGACACUUCGCUGACACCAUCCAAUGGUGGGGAUGGGGAUGGGCAGGGAAUUCCCGGGAUGUCAUCAGAUGCUUCUGGUUCAGCCUUGUUGCCUGCAGCCAGCAGGGCACCUGUGGCUCCUGAGGAAACAGAGGACACUGCCACCUCCCUGCCGGCACCAGGGGCUCCCACUGAUGCACAGAGUGACACAAAUCUCCCAGUCUCAGCCACUGUGCUGCCCACAGAGGAUGUGAGAGCUGUGGAUCUGGCCACUCCAUCCCUCCAGCCUGCCUCAUGGCAGACCCCCACUGGAGAACAGCCACUGCUGCUUCCUGAUGCUCUGACAUUCCCCACAGACACCCCCAGUGCUCCUGCCCCAGCUGCCCCAGCCCCAGAGGCUGGACCCAGCGCCCUGCCUGAAGCUGAUGGUGCAGCAGAGACCCCAGCAAGUCCUGACCUCACUGGUGGCCUGGAAGCAGCCGAGUCUCCAUCUCCUGGGGAGUCAGAGCCAGCAGGGAUGCCAGCUGGAGCUCCCCAGGAACCCGAUGGGCUUGGCACUGGCUUGAGUUCAGAUUCAGAUGCCCCCAGCCCAGCGCCUGACGGACUGGCAUGGCCCACUGCUGGGAUCCAAGGCCAGGCAGCUGAGGGGGUAGGGGACGUGGCACAGGCAGGAGAUUCAGAGGAUGCUGGUCCCUAUGAAGACACCCAGAGUGACAUGAGUCCUCCAGCCCUUCAGCCCUCAGCAUCUCCUGCUGAUAAUGGAGAGCUGCUGACUGGAGGAACAGAAGACUUGGCAAAUGCUGAACUUUCCCCUCCAUCAGCACUUGGAGAUGGCACAGGAACAGGAGGAGCCCCAGCACUGGGACAAGUGUCCUCACCUGGUCCUGCACCUCACAGCAGUGCUGGAAUGGAGCCUGGUCUCUCAGGGCCUGAAGGACCAGGGGACCUGCCCAGUGAAUCAGCCAAUGCUCCUGGGGCUGUUUCCCCACCCCUGGGGUCAGUGACUGGCCCCGUGUCUGACGCAGAGACACCAGUGAGCCCUGACCUCAGUGCUGCCCAGGGAGCACCUGGAUCUCCAUCCUUUGGUGGGCCACAGCCAUGGGGAACAGCAGCUGGUGCUCCCGUGGGAGCAGGACUCCCUGGGGCCCAAGGGCCAGACACUGACUCGACUUUGGCAUGGGAUACCCCCAGCUCAGCAGCUCCUGGACCAGUAGGACCCCCAUCACCUGGCCUUGGGGACCAGCUCGGCACAAAUGUGGGGCUGCCAGCAGCAGCAGGACAAGGAGGCAGCGCAGCAGAGCCAGCACUGGAAGGAGCAGGCAGUGGGAUUGAGUCUGAGCCAUCCCUGGGCUCCCCUGCAGGGAGUGGAAUAGCAGCUGGGCUGGAUCAACUGCCCGGUGCUGGCUCCUCAUCUGGUGUUACCUCUCCCAGUGAUGUGGUGGCAGCACCUUCUGUGUCAGGGGGUGAUGAAGCAGGACCUGUCCCAUCUGCAGCCCCUGGCCCUGACAGUCUGUCCCCGGCCUCUCCGGAUGGUGAAACUGGCCCAGGGUUUGGUCCGGUGCAGGGGGCUGGGAGUGCAGGGGAUGUGGUACAGGCAGGAAACACAGAGAGUGAAAAUCCCAACACAGAGACAAAUCCUUCAGCUGUCAGCCCUGAACAAGACCUCACUAACACUGGAGAGCUGCCAGCAGAAGAAACAGGGGAUAUGGCAAAUGCUGAACUUUCCCCUCCAUCAGCACUUGGAGAUGGAACUGCAACAGGAACAGGAGGAGCCCCAGCACUGGGACAAGUGUCCUCACCUGGUCCUGCACCUCACAGCAGUGCUGGAAUGGAACCUGACCUCUCAGGGCCUGAAGGACCAGGGGACCUGCCCAGUGAAUCAGCCAAUGCUCCUGGGGCUGUUUCCCCACCCCUGGGGUCAGUGGCUGGCCCUGUGUCUGAGGCAGAGACACCAGUGAGCCCUGACCUCAGUGCUGCCCAGGGAGCACCUGGAUCUCCAUCCUUUGGUGGGCCACAGCCAUGGGGAACAGCAGCUGGUGCUCCCGUGGGAGCAGGACUCCCUGGGGCCCAAGGGCCAGACACUGACUCGACUUUGGCAUGGGAUACCCCCAGCUCAGCAGUUCAUGGACCAGUAGGACCCCCAUCACCUGGCCUUGGGGACCAGCUCGGCACAAAUGUGGGGCUGCCAGCAGCAGCAGGACAAGGAGGCAGCGCAGCAGAGCCAGCACUGGAAGGAGCAGGCAGUGGGAUUGAGUCUGAGCCAUCCCUGGGCUCCCCUGCAGGGAGUGGAAUAGCAGCUGGGCUGGAUCAACUGCCCGGUGCUGGCUCCUCAUCUGGUGUUACCUCUCCCAGUGAUGUGGUGGCAGCACCUUCUGUGUCAGGGGGUGAUGAAGCAGGACCUGUCCCAUCUGCAGCCCCUGGCCCUGACAGUCUGUCCCCGGCCUCUCCAGAUGGUGAGACUGGCCCAGGGUUUGGUCUGGUGCAGGGGGCUGGGAGUGCAGGGGAUGUGGCACAGGCAGGAAACACAGAGAGUGAAAAUCCCAACAUGGAGACAAAUCCUUCAGCUGUCAGCCCUCAGCAGGGUGAACUGCCUGGUGCAGGGUCCUCAUCUGGUUCGGCCUCUCCCAGUGGUGAUGUCUCAGCCUCCUCUGUUUCAGACCCAUCCAGCCUGGGUGCACUCGGAGGAGCAGACAGUGCUGCUGAAGGUCUUCAGCCCUCCCUGGGUGCUGGCACUGGGGUCCUUCCUGCUGCAGGAGAAGGGGCAAGUGAAGGGGCUGGUGAUGGAGCGUCCACAGGACAGUCCCAGGCUCCUGCUGGAAUGGGACCAGCUGGUUCAGAAAGCCUUGAUGGAGAAACAGGAGGUGUGUUGCAGUCUGCAUCUUCUUCCUUGUCAACAGAGGCGUCUUCACCACUUGGAAGGACGGACGAGGCUGCUGAUGAAACAAGCCCUCCUGGAGCUGCUGCAGCUGGUGGUGGCUUGAACACAGGCUUGGAGGCUGCUGGCCCUCAGGAAGCCUCUGUGUCUGCCCCUGGCACCCAAAGUGGUGCCAAUACUGAACUUUCUGAUGGCAAACUGAGCGAAGUUAAUGUGGUGGAGGUGCCAGGAGGAGCCUCGGUGAAUGGGGGACCUUUCCCUGGUGCCAGCCCGGUCCCAGUGGCUCCAGACAGCAGCAGUGUUUCCAAUGGCAUGACCACCUCGGUGCCUGGCUCUCUGCUUCUCCCUGGACAUGGGCUGAGCUCGGGGCUGGCACCCAGUGGGAUCCCCAACUCUGCACCAAGCACCCAGACUGGGAGCAGCCCCCUGCUGCCAGGGUCACCAAGUGGGCUAUCAGAAGAAGCUGGAGGUGCUCAGUCCUGGUCUCUUGAAGAUGAGGUGGCCUCAGGCAUGCCAGCACCUGUGGGAGAAGCGUCCCCUCCUGCUCCCACAUCCCCCAACGCUGUCCCUGUGCUGCCUUCUGCUCCACAGAGAGGAAAUUCUGCAGAGGGGGUGUCUGCCAGCCCUGGGCUUUCGGCACUUCCAGCUGUACCCCUCUAUGGGUAUGGAGCAAGGGAAAAUGAUCAGGAGUAUGUGGAAAGGAGAGUGGAUUUUAAUUCUCCACUUUUCAAGCCUGAGACUGGAUUCCCAUUUGGGAAAACCCUGCGCACCUCUCUCUACUUCACAGACAACGGACAGAUCAUUUUCCCAGCCUCGGACAACAACAUCCUCACGUACCCCAACCCUCCUCCCCGUGGCUUCAAUGGCCACGAAGAGGUCCCCAUGAUCGCUGUAUUUUGGGACAACGCCGACUUCUCCAGAGGUGUUGGCACCACCUUUUACCAGGAGUUCUCCACCCUGAACACGGCCAAGCCUCCCUUUGUCCGUGACGUGGAAGCGAAGGUCCGGCGGUACCUGAGGUCCUCCUACUCUGCAGCCUGGACCCUGAAAAUCACCUGGGAGAAGGCACCUGCCUAUGCAGCACGGACUGACACCCAGAAGACUAUCACGUACCAGGCUGUUCUGACCACUGAUGGCUUCAGGUCCUACAUCCUGAUGCUGUACCAGGAUGGAGGCAUGCAGUGGGAUUACACCAGGCUCACUUCCACCAAUGUGCUCAUCGGCUACACCAGUGGAGAUGGCUUUUACCAUAAUGAUGACCUGAUUAAGAGACCUCCAGCUGCUAAAUAUCGCCCUGACCAGUUCAGGGGCUACAACACAGACCUCCGUGGGUUGUGGAUUUACAAGCUGGAGAGCCGUGUGGGCAACAACUACCGGCUGAAGUGCCUGGCAUGGACGGGACAGCAGCAGGAGCCCCGGGCAUGGAGCCAGGGCCUGCCCACCUGCCCCUGCUCCCUGCAGCAAGGGCAGCAGGACCCACGCUUCAAGAGCAGCCGUGGAGGCAAGUGGACAUGUUACUACCUCACCCUCCCCAUCCCCAAGGUGUCCUUCCCCACCUUCCCUGCAAGGGUGGCUGGGGUCCCAUGUGGCAGGGUGGGCAGGUGACCCUAAGGAAAAGGAGAGGGGGACUGACCUACUCUUCAGAGACAGGAAA